CAGUACGGUAAUCGUGGUUAAUAGUGCGACCCCAUAUUUACGGUUUGCACUGUUAAGUUGUUUUUUUUUUUUUUUUUCUAUGGCGGCUCAGGGAACCCUGCGACAUUUUUUUACUCCCACUUUGAAAUUCGGACUGAAGGGUGACAUUUCUCCUGACUCCGAGUGACACUCCCUGUCAGCAGCAGCAACAGAGACGAUCUUUGGCCGCUGCUGGUUGUGAAGCUGCUGCAGCUCCGACCCACACACACGCAAACACACACAGACACACAAUCUGUCUCACACACACACACACACUCCCCCCACACACUCACACACCUCAUCUCUCUGCAGCAUCGGUGGACCAGGAACCAGCUGCCGCAGGUGGAAUCGACCGCUCGCUGAAUCUGGCUCAGGCAACUAAAACAUGGACUGGAACUGGUUACAAGGACUCCGGGUCAUUCUUUUUGUACUGUCGAGUCAUGUGACCUCAGCGCUGGAAGUGCCUCUUGAUCCUAAAGUCCUGGAAGGAUUGCCGCAGCCGCCCACCAUCACGUCGCAGUCCCCGAAAGAUUACAUCAUUGACCCGCGCGAAAACAUCGUCAUCCACUGUGAGGCCAAAGGGAAGCCACAUCCCAGUUUCUCCUGGACUCGGAACGGCUCUCACUUUGAUGUGGAGAAAGACUCCAAAGUUCUGAUGAAGCCCGGUUCUGGAACUCUGGUCAUCGACAUCAGUGGCGAGAAGGCCGAGGCAUACGAGGGGACGUAUCAGUGCACGGCGCAAAAUGACCACGGGAUGGCCGUCUCCAACAACAUCGUCAUCAGACAGUCACGUUCCCCCUUGUGGUCUAAAGAGAGAAUUGAGACACUGACGGUGCAGACAGGCGUCUCACUGGUGUUGCAGUGUCGCCCGCCUGCAGGUCUGCCGCCACCUGUCAUCUUCUGGAUGGACAACAACUUCCAGAGGAUCACGCUGGACAAACGCGUGUCGCAGGCGCUGAACGGAGACCUGUUCUUCUCCAACAUGGUCCCGGAAGACACGAGGACGGACUACAUUUGCUACGCUCGCUUCCCGCACACGCAGACCAUCCAGCAGAAGCAGCCCAUAUCUGUGUCCGUGCUCAGCACAAACCCAGCUGCCGAGCGCCGUCCCUCCUUCAUGACUCCCUCAGGAGGCUCCAGCUCCGUCACUGUCCUGAGAGGAGAAACUCUGCAGCUUCAGUGCAUCGCUGAGGGACUACCGACGCCUGAGGUUUCCUGGAAGAAAGAUGGAAGUGAGCUUCCAACCUCUCGAUUGACAUUCAGCAGCUUUAAGAAGACACUGAAGAUUUCUGAGGUGACGGAGGCUGAUGGCGGCGACUACCGAUGCUCGGCCUCCAACCGCCUCGGCGUCGCUCACCACAUAGUCAAAGUCACCGUUAAAGCGGCACCUUUCUGGGUCAGUGCUCCUCGGAAUCUAAUCCUUGCCCCAAAUGAGACAGGGAUACUGACCUGCCGGGUGGGUGGUGACCCCAAACCCAUCAUCGACUGGUUCAUCAACGGAAUUCCCAUCGCUAACGCACCGAAGGACCCUGGCAGGAAGGUCGAGGGUGACACGGUGAUACUCGGCAGCGUCAGGUCCGGAUCCAGCGCCGUCUACCAGUGUAACGCCUCCAACGAGUUCGGCUACUUGAUGGCCAACGCCUUUGUCAGCGUCCUGGCUGAGUCUCCGCGGAUCUUGACCCGGCCCGACCAAGUGUACCAGGUGAUCACCAACAACCGUGCCCUGCUGGACUGCGCCUCCUUUGGAUCGCCGAUUCCAAUCAUCACAUGGUUCAAGGACUCAAAGAUCAGCAUCAAGACCGGGGAUGCUUACGUGAUCCAUGAGAAUGGAACCCUGGAGGUCCACGUGGCCCAGCCAGCCCACAGUGGGAAGUACACGUGCAUCGCCACCAACGACCUCGGCGUUAAGGAGAACCACGUGCACCUAGAGGUCAAAGAACCCACCCGGAUCCUGAAGCAGCCAGAGUACAAGGUGGUACAGCGCGGCAUGGAUGCUGUCUUUGAGUGUCAAGUCAAACACGACCCUUCGCUGGUUCCCACUGUCACCUGGCUCAAGGACAGCGGAGAACUGCCUGAUGAUGAGAGGUUUGAGGUUGGCGCCGACGGUCUGGUCAUCAGGGACGUGAUCCACCAGGACGAGGGAACCUACACCUGCGUCAUGAACACCAGUCUGGACCAAGAUUCGGCCAGCGCCAUGCUGACGGUUGUCGAGGCCACGCCCACUCCAGCUAUCGUCUAUGAGAAACCGGACCCACCGACAGGCCUAGAACUGGGCGACCAGACAGACAGGGGUGUCCGGCUGACCUGGACCCCUGGAGAUGAGCACAACAGCCCCACUCAGAAGUUCCUGAUCCAGUAUGAAGACCUCCUGCAUGAGCCGGGGAAGUGGGUCAACCUAACAGAGGUCGCUGGUUCCAGCACCUCAGCCCAGCUCAGCCUCUCGCCCUUCGUCUACUACUCCUUCAGAGUUCUGGCUCAGAACAACAUGGGUUUGAGUGAUCCGAGCCUGCCGUCUCCCCAGUACAGGACCAGCCCUGCAGCUCCUGAUCAGAAUCCAUCCGAUGUUAAAGGAGUUGGGUCAGAACCGGACAACAUGGUCAUCAGCUGGACGUCGCUAACAGGGUUCCAGUCCAACGGUCCUGGUCUGCAGUACAAAGUCUUCUGGCGGCAGAUGGAUGUGGAUCAACAAUGGGCAUCGACGACGGUGGCCAACACUUCAGAAUAUAUUGUGACUGGAACAGCCACUUAUGUCCCGUACGAGAUCAAAGUUCAAGCGCUGAAUGAUUAUGGCAACGGCCCGGAACCCUCAGUCGUGACUGGAUACUCGGGAGAGGACGCGCCGUUGGCUGCUCCAGAGAAUGUUGAAGUUGUGGCCCAAGACAGCACCCAGGCCGAGGUGCAGUGGGAGGCCGUUGCUGCCGCUUCAGUCCGAGGAAAACUGCAGGGAUACAAGGUGUACUACCAGCGAGAGCGAGGGCUGCAGGAUGGCGGGGAAAAGCAGGAGCUCGAAGAGCAGGUCCUGACGUUCAGCGAGAACAGUACAGUGGGUCAAGUGUCCAACCUAGAGCCUUACAGCGUCUACACUCUCUACAUGAGGGUCCUGAACAGCAAAGGUGAAGGGCCGGCCAGCACCAGCAAGACCUUCCAGACCCCAGAGGGCGUUCCCGGCCGUUUGCCUUUCCUCAAAGUGGUCAGUUCAGGUCUUGACUCGCUGGCUCUGGAAUGGGGGCCGCCCAUGCGCCACAAUGGCCGCCUUACUGGAUACACACUGUCCUAUCAACCGGUCAACGGCACCAGUGAACUGGGUCCAGUCAAGGUGAUCACUUUCCUGGCCAACGAGACCACCUGCACUCUGACCCGUCUCAACACAAGCACAAUCUACAACCUGUCCGUCAGUGCCAUGACGGCCAAGGGGUCCGGACCGGGUCUCUCCAAGGAGGUGUCCACGCUGGUGGAGACAACGCGCCCACUAGUAGAGACCAGCAAAGGACCCACUGAGCCCUUCCCCCCAUCCUCCCCCAUCACACAGUCCCAGGUCCCCCCACUCUUCAAGGCGCCCCCAGUCGGCCCAGCGUUCGGUGCCGUCAACACGUCGGUCUCGGAGGACGGCGCCGUGAUCAGUUGGGAAUACUUUGGCCACCAUAAGAAAGUUUACGUGGAGUACAUUGUAGAGAACAGUAAAGAGGACUGGACCGAGGAGGAGGUGAACGGUUCUCGUUCGCACAUGAUUAAGGGCUUGAAACCCGGGACCUCCUAUAGGGUGCGGGUGGUGGCCCGGGACCCGGCAGGUGCGACGCCCCACAGCACCAGCGAGGUGUUGGUGACGGUCCCAGCGGUUCCGAGUCGGCACGUUGACAUCGCGACUCAGGGCUGGUUCAUUGGGUUGAUGUGCGCCAUCGCGCUGCUCAUCCUGGUUCUGCUCAUCGUCUGCUUCAUCAAGAGGAACAAAGGCGGCAAAUAUCCUGUGAAAGAGAAAGAAGAAGCGCACCAGGACCCGGAGAUCCAGCCCAUGAAGGAGGAUGAUGGGACGUUUGGGGAGUACAGCGACAUGGAGGACCACAAACCACUGAAGGGCAGUCGAACACCAUCCAACGGGACAGUGCGCCGCGACGAGAGCGACGACAGUCUCGUGGACUAUGGGGAGGGUGGGGACGGACAGUUUAAUGAGGAUGGCUCAUUCAUCGGUCAAUACAGUGGUCGAAAGGAGAAGGACACUCACGAAGGAAAUGAAAGCUCAGAAGCCCCGUCGCCAGUCAACGCCAUGAACUCAUUCGUCUAACGGCGGCCACCGCUCUGCUGUAGUGGCCGCAGUGGGCCAGCAGAUUACUUUACCAGUGGCCCUCUCCAGGGUUACCUGUCGCCAAGACUGCUAACACCCCCUCAUCCUCUCCCGCAUCAUCUGACCCUCGUGGUCACCAUGGAUACCACGGACUCCCCUCCCCCAGCAGGGACGAAUGAAGAGGAAGCAAUACAAGAAUGUAGACGCGUGUUGGUGCCAAAACUCUACGAACUUAUAGCCUAAAUAUAUAUUUUAACUAUUUAAAUGUCCCACAGGAAGUUAAAUAUGCAUCCGAACACAUUAGUCAACAUCUGCAUGGAUACGACCAUGGUCCCCAAAAAGCAUCGUACACAUUGAGAUUGUAAACAGUUUGGUUCACGAGUGAUUGUGUUUAAUGGUGUCUGAUAUUUAGAGGAAUGAAAUAGCAGAAGUAGCAUUUGUCUUUUUUGGGACGAGUGAUUCGUUUGUAAAUAGAUAUAUUGACUAUUUUAGGUCAGCCACAGGUAGGUAUCGGAAACAGCAGGAAAUGGCUCACAAUCCCCCAACAAUGAAGCGAAGUCGCACAGAAUCUUUAGAGCCUGCCUCACACUUGGACGCAGUACUUAUCUCUCUGGAUUUUUGUUUUGAAGUUUCAAAUUGUAGUCUGCUAUGUUGAAGCUCGUAACCUUUCCCUGCUGGCCCAACCCUGGUACUGCGGUCAUUCUAACAACGUCAGUCACGGCUCCAUGCACUGACGCAUUAAGGCAGAAUUUCCUUUCAUGCGCAUCUUGAGGACCUCAUCGAACAGAGGGCUCAAUGUGUCGGCGCUGCUGGUCAACCUGGUACAAGCUAGUGAAUGUUAUCUUUAUCAGUCAAACCGCUUUUAUUUUGCAACUUCAGCCAGUAUUAUAAAUGUUUUCCAAAAUAGAAUCAGUUCCUUUACCACAUUAAGUUUUUCUGUUUGGCUUUAUUUAUCCUUUACAUUUGAUAAGCUUAAGAUCAGUAGCAGUGAAUUGUUGUUUAUCAUAAAGUUACAUCGGGGGAUGCUUGUGCAUGGAAACCCAAACUGAAGAAGAUCCUUUGUUAAAGUAUGUUACAGUUUGUUCUUUUUUUUUUUUUUUCGUGACAAAAUCAACGACAGUCAGUGUGGUGACGAGUGGUGCAUGACAGCUAUUCUGAUUUCCAACUGCAACCCUGCCAAAAAACAUUUCCACGCAGAAUAAAGAAGUAGCAUGUCUUUGUUGUUUUGCAGUUGAAAGGUAAACUCUGACAGCUCUAACAGACGCUAAUUGUUGAGGGAGCAAAUUGUUUCACUGAACAAUGAGGCAGAAUUUUGGUCGGAAACGACAGCAUUCACUUUGAGUUGAGAUGCACAAAUUUGUUCUUCAUCGUGAAACCAGAAGACCAUUGGCUUCUAUUGCACAAUAUUGAAGAUGCAUUAUUACAAUUUUGAAAAUAAACAAGAAGAAGCUGUGGCAACGAGCGGUUGUAUGAAAACUAUUUUGCUCUUUGUUUUGCGUAACAUGAGUCUGUUUUUCCAAAAUUGGUGUUGAAGAAAGUGACUACCACAACAAGCGGAGCGUAAUGGCCAUGUUGACCCCCAGAUGUGGAAAGGUUUAGAAAGUGAACAAUGUGCUAUUGUGGCGACAGCUGGCCUCUUCAUUUUCUAAGCUUGAAAACUCACAAGACAGUCGGAAAUUGUACAGUUUAUUUAUGGAAGGCAACAGACAAACAGAGCAUGAUGUUUAGUGAUCAGUGAUUUAGCAUCGCCAUGGGUUUGAACAAACAAGAUUGCUGCUGGCUGCUCUGACAUCUCUUGUUCACCUCAUCAUUUCAGCUUGCUACGCCAAACUACUGCCAAACUAGCACCAGGUUACUGCCAACAGACGCCGGAGUUUCUGUCUGUCACAAAGGCUUGACAAGCAUCCUGAAAGUAUCCGUUUCUGAAUGUGAGAGUUUAAUUGUUGCUGGUUUCACUGAGAAUGAUACACUAACACACAUGUCAAACUUUGUCAUCACUUAACUGUAGCUGAAAAAGUGUAUGGGGAGCACUCACUGGGUUUUAUACCAUUGCUACUGAAAGAGUGUGUGUGUGUGAAUGUGCAUGCUUGUGUGUCAAAGCGUGCGUGGCCCUGCUUUACCUAAUUUUGUGGCAAGCAGUUUAAGCCCCGCCCCCUCCUCCGACGUCAUUAUGUUUGGGUUAUCAUGACUUGCAUCAAGUUUAUUUGUGUUUCCACGUGUCAACUGUGAACGAUGAAAAGUAACUGAGCACUGAGUCGAGGUCGUGGGUGGGUGGGGGGGGCGGAGUUGAGAGAUAAGCUGCGUUGUGGGUCGCGCGACAAAUGUGAGUGUGAUGAGAUUAUUUAGAGUUUUAUCAUUUGCUGUGAUUUUACUUUUUCUGACACCCGUCAGAGGACUUUGCAAUCAGGUGUCACCGGUUAUUUUCACUUGUGAUUGUGAGUCUGGGAGUGAAAAAGUUGUCGUCAGAAUUUUGACCAUUUCAGUAAAGAUCUGAAUAUGUUUUAUUGUUUCCAUUGAAAAUUAAACGUGCACAACUGACUUAGCUGGCUGCUUAUUCCUGUUCUCACAGUUGAAAGAUGAAUUCUGACGACGUGUGCAGAUGCGACUGACGUUCUGACGCCUUAAGUGUUUUGAAUGACCUGCACAUAUGGGCAAGAUGUGAAACUUAUGAAGGCAUGAAACAUGAGGAGCAUGAACGGCUGUCUUCAAUUCCACACCACAAUUCUGCGAAAGAUUUUGUAUUUCAAAUGAUUAAGUAUUAAAUGUUGGU